AUGAAAAAUUUCCGGAACCAACGUAAAUCAAAGCAAAAUCAGCUAAUAUUAGAAGCACCAACUAAUAACGUUAUUUCACGCGACUAUCCGGAAAAAUACGAUCAUCGUCCUACCGCUGCAUCCACCUCGGCAAAUCUCACCAACAACCCGGGCUCGGCGGACUCAAACUAUUCGCAGCCGAGCUCGGAUCUUUCUCUGGACGAGGAGAAGGAGAGCCUGCGACGCGAGAAGGAGAGACAGGCCCUCAAUCAACUCGAAAAAGCCAGAUCGAAGCCGGUAGCAUUUGCAGUGCGGACUAACGUGAGCUAUGACGGAUCCGUCGACGAUGACUCACCUGUCCACGGUUCGGCCGUCAGCUUCGACGUCCGUGACUUUCUUCACAUCAAGGAGAAGUAUGACAACAACUGGUGGAUCGGCAGGCUCGUGAAAGAGAAUUGCGACGUGGGUUUCAUCCCGUCACCUGUGAAGCUGGAGGCCUUAAGGUUACAGGCGAGCGCCGCGCGUGGCACGAAGGGCCUCUACUCGACGCGAGGAGGGUCUUCAGGGAACCUUGGCGAGAGUGGUGACGACAGCGAUAGUGUCGGGAACGUGCGACCCGGCAAGGCGACCCUGACGACCCCACCCGCUAAGGAGAAACGGAAGAACUUCUUCAAGAAGCCGGAGACGACGACUCCCUGUUUCACGCGAAUGUUUCGUAUCAUCCGGAGAACCUAA